GCCACGCAAACCACCAUGCAAUGGCCGGAGUGAAGGCCCACUAUAUCGCAACUACGUUGGGUAGCUCUUUCUCGGCUAGCGGUUAUAGAAGAACCGUCAGCCUUGUUUUCAUCCUUUGUUUCCGCAACACCAGUUGAUCAUCGUCAAACUUCGCUUCAUCCAAUUUGGUUGGACUUCUGCUUCAAAAAUCUUCACCAUGUACGGCUUAAAUGCGAAAGGCCAAUCGUUAUUCGAUACGGACAUUGCUUGUGCUUCGAUUUCGGCUUUUGCUGUUGCCCUCAGAGUGUUUAGCAAAGUUUGGCACAAGCAAGGCAUUCGUUCGGACGACUACUGGAGUAUUGUAGCGCUGGUGUUCUACUUGACUAGUGUCGGAUGCAUGCAAUGGGGACGCGUUACAGGUGGAGGAGGCAUGGAGAUGAGUGAGAUGCUGAUGCUGGUUUCUGAGCAUCCGGAGAAGAUAAAGCUGAUCGAGCACUUUCUCGAGGCGUCCUUCCUUGGCUAUACUUUCGUCCUCGUUGCGCAGUACGGAGUCAAAAUGUCCGUCCUAUUCUUCUACCGCCGCAUCUUCUUCAUCACGAAGGGAUACCAGCGUGCCUCUUUAGCCGUCAUGGCUGUUGCAACUGCCUGGUUCAUCGCUACUCAAAUCGUUAACCUCCUCACCUGCCAGCCCAUUGACUCGUUUUGGCGAAGACUGAAGGUUGGAACCUGUCUGAAUUUUAACGUCAUGUUCUUGGUGACAGGCAUCUUCGACACGGUCAUAGACAUGGUUAUUCUCCUCCUCCCAGUACGCAUGGCACUUGCCCUGCAGUUGCCGAUGCGCACCAGGAUAGCGGUUGCGGGCAUUUUCGCUCUCGGGGGUUUCGUUGUCAUCACGAAUAUCAUUCGAUUGAGGUGCAUCUACAAUCCAAAUGCCAGAUACGUGCGCUUCUCCGAAGCUGAGAGAUGGUUAAACAUCCACGUGGUCACCGCAUUCGUCUGCGCCUCUCUGCCCGUGUGCAAACCUCUUUGGAAUACCAUCUCCAGAGCUGCGGGCAACAUCAUCAGCCACUAUACCUCUUCGAUCCGUUCGAUGCUUGGAGCCAGCAACAACAAAUCAGAGAACACUUCCUACAUCCGUAUGAAUGGCCUGGGAGGCUCCCUAACCUCCAAAGAAAGGGGGAUUGAAAGCGUAUACCCGGCUUCCAGCGACAAAAAGCUCGGACAGACUAUAACCAGUGUUAUCGGCGGCCACGAGGAAGACUGCGAGCCGCUGCAUGUGCCGAAGGGUAGCAUUGUUUAUUCCCGAAAGGUGGACGUGGUUUGAACAGUACUAUGCAGCUGUGCACUACAGUAUGCGCAGCGGGUUGUCGAGUGUACGAAAGCUCAACUGCGUCCAUUCCUGUUCGGUUGACCCGCACAACCCCAUGCGAGAACGGUACAUUCUUACCAGCGACGUAGAUGGUAAUUGGAGGAAGCUUACUUCGGCGUUCGUUACUCUUUCUG